UACAGGUGGGGACCGGGGUUUAUCCACACCAAGUGGAGAGGGUCAACAAGCGGUGUCACAACAUCAAUGGUGGCUUCAGCUGGUCGGGGGCUAAGGCCAUUAGUUCCCAAAACUAAUUACGUGGCACCAAAACAAAACAAACCAAAUCAUGGCACAGAUCAUAUUCUUUUUCAAAACACUUUGCCCGCCCCCAGCCUCUCGUCCCCAAUAUAAUCACCCAAUCACCUCGUCCCCCAACCUCCUUCUUUGUAUCUUGAUCUAACUUCACUUGCCUUUAGCUAUCGUGAACCUACUUCUUCGGUCCGCUUCCAAGAGACCCCUAAGGUUUACGAUCAGGAACUUUCCAACCAGCUAGACAUCACUGAGCGUGAAUAUCGUCGUCGUGUCAACCAACCGACCUACGACGUAUACAACGCCAACGCUAGCUAUCAACACUCCAGUGUAGAGUCCUACGAGAACCGUCAACCCACCUCGUACGACCGUGUUCCUACCCACCCUAAGCUCAACGUCUCGUACGACCAGGCUUAUCAAGCUCCCGCUCUCGACACCUACGCCGGCUCUUCUCUCAGCCAGCGUCAACUCUCUGUCGAGCCAGUCAACCCUCCUGCCUCUCAGUUCAAGGCUCCUAGCACUACUACUGUAGUUGAUCAUCCCCCAGCUCGCAAGAUGGGAUACUACGACGACGACGGUAACUACCACUCCUUCCGUCGUGGUGUGGAACGCGCUGCCGACCGCAUCAUGCACCCUUUCCACCACCAUGAUCACCAUCAUCAUCAUCAUGGUGAUCAUCAUGGUGAUCAUGGUGACCAUCAUCACCAUGACCGUCAAGAUGUCGUCGUUGCUGACGAUCGCGGUCCAGUUUCCCGUGAAGGCGGCCACCAGUCCGUCCGUGUCAUCGAGCCCCGCAGCGGUGGCCGUAAGAACGCCGACUCCGUGCCCAUUCCCUGCCACUUCAUUCGCAUCGGCGACAUCUUGAUCCUCCAGGGCCGUCCCUGCCAGGUCAUCCGUAUCUCCGUGUCGCCCCAGACCGGCCAGCACCGCUACCUCGGUGUCGAUCUCUUCACCCGCCAGCUCCAGGAAGAGUCCAGCUUCAUCUCGAACCCCUCUCCCUCGGUUGUCGUCCAGACCAUGCUGGGCCCUGUAUACAAGACCUACCGCAUCCUCGACCUUCGUGACGGUGAGAUUGUUGCCAUGACCGAGACCGGCGAUGUCAAGCAGAACAUCCCCGUUGUGCCCCAGGGCAACCUCUUCCGCCGCAUCAAGGAUGCGUUCGAGGAGGGCCGCGGCAGUGUCCGUGCCCUGGUCAUCAACGAUGGUGGCCGUGAGCUCGUUGUGGACUACAAGGUUAUCCACGCUUCCCGUCUGUAGAUCAUUUACCCGCUUUGGUUUAGCCGGUACCUGGUUAAGUCGUCUAUCUGAACGAUCAAUCACGACCUGAAUGUUGUAUCUCCAAUGGAUGACUAUGGAUGGAAGUGGCCCUUUUCUUGCAACGAUUUCAAUAUGCUUCAACUUGUAUGAUGGCCUUUUGUACCUAGCAACGUAAUUUACUGGAAUUGGUUCAUGUAAAUUUUACCUUGGUCAUAGUUGUCUUGUACCUUUAUUGGUCUAUUGUAGCUGUGCUUGAUGCAUAUAAGCCGUACGAACUAUAAGUCAAAGCUCGUUAUUAUCGAUCGUCUCCCACUACUCAUACAUAGAUUUCUUGCACUCUGUGGUCAUGUGAUCAUAACGACCUGUAGGAAUAAGCGCACAUCACCAACUUUAAUUGAGACCGCAAAUUAACUAACAAUAUCAUAAACUUGUAUGCUAAUAUUACAAAUUUGUUUUGUGCUAGCCCUUGCUUUCUCUGUAUCUUAUGUGCCAUACAAAACUAACC